AUGUCUGAGAACGGGUAUGAUUCAUUCGACGACGACAUUGUUAUUACGAAUCCAAGUGUAAUCGACACUCUCAACAGCUCGAAUGACUCCCUACCGCCAACGCCUCCACCAGCUGAAGGUGAACAAAGAUUAGCACAAGAAGGCCCGUCAUGGUCAAAACGUUUGGCUAUAUCAUUAAUCGAACCUGCUUCACCUGCAUACCCACUUGCCAAAGAUGACGACUGCGAUGAUUUUAGUGAUCCACCUCCUACUCCGCCUCCCGGGUCGACCCGUAAAAGAAAGGUUGUAGUGGAGAGUGACGAAGAUGAAGUAGACGAUCAAAAUCUGCCACCAACUCCUCCACCUAUCGAAUAUGAGCUCCCCAAACGGGCGCCCGUUACUACUAAUUCUCGAUCUCGUGAUGGUACACUUUCAUGUGAAUCACCUCCUCAGGGUGCUCUGCAGCUGCUGAAGGUAACUACAAGUCUUAUGCGUUUACGAAGUGGAUGA